UCUGAGAAACGCCGGCAAAACCUCAGCUCUAACUAGGAAGUAUUCGCUUCUUUAGGACAGCCAAACUUUAUGCGAAAGUUGAUAUGCCUGAGAAUAGAGCCGAAACUUCGUGAUCUCGUAGUUUAAGCCUAUCCAUGAACUCGCGAUUGAAUCCACCAACGAGCUCGCGAUUGAGCUCGGAUUUGGGUUCGGACUUGGGCUCGGAUUUGAGCUCGGAUUUGAGCUCGCGAUUGAGCCCACCGACGAGCUCGUGGUUAAGCCCACCGUCAAGCUCGCGAUUGAACUCGGAUUUGAGCCUGCAAGUAAGCGUAAUUCACGCGUGCAGUCUAGCUAUUGAAUCGGACCAAUACACAGCUAAGACUCUUGACGCUUUGCUUCGCAAUUUCUGAGUUUACUUGUUAAUAAGAAUCGUUUUUCAUAACCAACUUAGCGCUGUACGAGAGUGUGCCGUCACAUAUUUUCCAACAUAUCGUUCGUUUCUCCUUGGCUUAUCCCCAUUUCUCU